GUAGUCAUACGUUGGCCCGAUGCGAGCCACUCGUGUCCCGCGCAUUCUCCUCGCGCUUUCUCUUUCUCGCUGUGUAUCUCUCCUCCUCCUCCUGCUCCUCUCGGCCACGUUGCGGGUCCUUUGACGGAGAGUCCUUCUGACCUACUGCGCGCUUCAGUCUUUCCAAAAGGAAUCUUUUCCCACCCGCGCGGGUCUGCGAUCAUUGCUUCAGAUUAGCGACUCGGUCGAGAUUCAUUUGCGUCUGAAACGCGCGUGCAUCCAAUAGACGCCAGUGUGCUCCUGAUGCACAGCAACAGCCGGUUUAAUGUGAUCAGGCCCUGCCCCAGUGAAAGUAGAUUAGUUUAGUGGAUUUCCAGUAAAUAUUGGCUCCAGCGCCAAUAAGGUGCCGUUGACGUGCCUCUCGCGUGUCUUUGCAACGAGUAAUCAGCUGUGAUUGACACCGUCGAUACGAGAGCCGAUAGAUUAACAAUCAUUGUUCGUAGCAAUGGAUACCUUCCUCAUUAUUGGACUUUGCAUCAUUUGUUAUGAAGUUUGUGAACUCAUUACACGUUACGCGACUCCGCAGGUUAUUGAGACUCAAGAUUUGAGGUCUUCAGCUAAAUCGAAAAUUUACUCCAUUUCCGAUAAAAUACAGAAGCCUGCGAAUUGCUGUUCGAAGUAAAUGAUAUUUAUCAAGUGAAAAAGUGCGAGGAGAAGCAGAUGAUGAAUAUUGUCAAGUGAAGCCAUAAGAGGAUUUCAAGUGUGGAUUUUAUGUUAAAAGUUGUUAAUAAAUUAUGGAUUCUCUACUGAAGAAUGUAAUUAAAUUGAUUUUAAAUAGACGGACUUUAAAUUUAUAUUGAAAAAUGUGGCAGAGAAUGUACUCAAGUUUUGAAAUUUCAAAGUCUUUUGAUGUACAGAGAGCAAUUGGAAGUUUACCGUCUUGUUGGCAAAUUGCAAUUUCCCAAAGCAGAAUUCUGCCAAAGAAGUGAUUCUGUAGUGACGACGACAAAGAGCACUUCUCCCUUUAGGAGCCGAAUUAGGUCCGGGCAUAUGUCACAGCAGCGUUGAGAAAGCGCCUGAGGCGUCUUGAGCACAACUCAAACUAACGCUCAAUCACAUGAAACUACCGCAACAGUAUCGGGUCACUGAAUACAAAAACGAUAAGUAAACUCCAAUUUUCUCGGCAGAAACCAACUGCGAACCCCGAUUCCACGGAAAUGUAGUCCCUUGGUAAUUGAAGGAAUUGUUCUAUUCACGUUAAAGUGAAUAGGAAAUUAGAUGAAUCAUGAAAGAGUGAAUUUUAGAGAUCGCAAAGUGGGAAGUGAAAAGAUGGUUUGAGUGAGAAAUGUGGACGGUGUUUCGGUGACCCCUUUCAGCGGCCGGGAAACCCACGGGGUAUUAACGUGGUAAGAGAGAUGGACUCGUUGAAGUGUCUAAUGAGCGCCGCUCCUCAUCAACCACCUCUCCUGGCUGCUGCUUCGAGAUCACAGAAUCCAUUUGUUCAAGCCAAACUCUGUUCUGUAGUUGGUCGCAAAGGACGUCAUCUCAGAAUCAGUUUUUGUCUCACAGGCGAUACCAUGGAUGUCAUUAAACAGUGUCUCGUCUACUUCAAAGCUUCCGCGCUGGUGGGAGGCGAGUUCGACAUCGAAUUAAACUUCGUAAUUCCAGAUCCACAGAAUAUCAGACAUAUGCUGGAAUUGUUAGAUCAUUGCACGCCAAAUCUACAGGCUGAAAUAUGGAGCGUCUUUAUAGCCAUUUUGAGAAAAAGUGUCCGCAACUUACAAGCAUGUACAGAUGUCAAUCUUAUCGAACAUGUUUUGCAUCGAUUGUCACGAGCAGAAACUGUUGUUGCAGAUUUAAUGAUCGACAUGUUGGGAGUUCUGGCGAAUUACAGCAUCACGGUAAAAGAACUAAAACUCCUUUUUGGCGCAAUGAAAGCAGUCAAAGGAAAGUGGCCACGACAUUCGCCGAAAUUAUUGAAUGUCCUUCGACAAAUGCCCCAGAGGAAUGGACCUGAUGUUUUUUUCAGUUUUCCAGGGAGACAAGGAUCGGCGAUCGUUUUACCACCACUCGCAAAAUGGCCGUAUGAAAGCGGAUUUACUUUUACGACAUGGUUCAGAUUGGAUCCCAUCAACUCUGUUAAUAUUGAACGAGAAAAGCCAUAUCUAUACUGUUUCAAGACAAGCAAGGGAAUCGGCUAUUCUGCACAUUUUGUUGGCAAUUGCCUCGUUUUGACGUCUAUGAAAAUGAAGGGCAAAGGAUUGCAACACUGCGUCAAAUAUGAAUUUCAACCGCGAAAGUGGUACAUGAUUGCGGUGGUGUAUAUAUACAAUAGGUGGACAAAGAGCGAAAUCAAGUGCUUAGUUAAUGGUCAGUUAGCUUCUAGUACAGAAAUGACGUGGUUCGUGUCGACAAAUGAUCCUUUUGAUAAAUGUUACAUCGGCGCUACACCAGAACUGGACGAGGAGCGUGUUUUCUGUGGCCAGAUGAGUGCCAUUUAUCUUUUUAGUGAAGCUCUAACGACGCAUCAAAUUUGUGCAAUGCACAGGCUAGGACCGGGUUACAAGAGUCAGUUUCGCUUUGACAACGAAUGCUACCUGAAUCUGCCUGACAAUCACAAAAGGGUGAGUCAAGAGCUGGAGCUCUCGAGCAUGAAGGACCAAAGUAUGCGACCCGUGCUUUAUGAUGGGAAGCUGUCCAAUGCAAUUGUGUUCAUGUAUAACCCAGUAGCGACGGACUCUCAACUGUGUCUACAGAGUGCACCGAAAGGAAACAUUUCUUACUUUGUACAUACUCCACACGCCUUGAUGUUGCAGGACGUCAAAGCUGUAAUCACACAUUCCAUACACAGUACACUGAACUCAAUUGGAGGAAUCCAAGUACUUUUUCCUUUAUUUUCACAAUUGGACAUGCCUUACGAUUGUGUAUCUCCGAAUGACAUUCAAAGGGAUCCUGCCUUAUGUUCAAAAUUAUUAGGGUUCAUUUGUGACAUGAUGGAAAGUUCACAAACAGUUCAGCAGCAAAUGGUUUUAAAUAGAGGAUUUGCUGUAAUUAGUUACAUGCUUCAAAGAGCGAGUAGAGAGCAUUUGACGAUAGAUGUUCUCACUUCGUUUUUGGAGCUUACGAAACACCUUGUCACAUGUUUCAGUGCGAACAGUGAUCUGCUGUUAAAACAGAUGAUUUAUUUUCCAUUCCUGACAUGGCAGCUGUUGGAUCACGUCCUCUUUAACCCGGCUUUGUGGAUAUACACUCCAGCUCCAGUUCAAAUUCGACUCUACUCUUACCUUGCUACGGAAUUCCUUAGCGACACUCAAAUCUAUUCGAAUGUGAGGCGAGUAUCCACAGUUAUGCAGACUGUUCACUCCCUCAAAUACUACUACUGGGUUGUUAAUCCGAGGUCCAAGAGUGGAAUUACGCCAAAAGGACUCGAUGGAACACGACCUCCACAAAAGGACAUUUUGACAAUACGAUCGUACAUCCUGUUAUUUCUGAAGCAACUCAUUAUGAUAGGACAUGGUGUGAAGGAGGACGAAAUUCAAACCGUUCUUAAUUAUCUAACGACAAUGCACGAGGAUGAAAAUCUUCACGACGUCUUACAAAUGCUUAUCACAAUGGUUUCUGAAUAUCCAUCGUCUCUAGUGCCAGCUUUCGAUUCUAAACACGGGGUCAGGACAGUCUUCAAGCUUUUGGCAGCAGAAAGUCAAUUAAUACGACUUCAAGCACUCAAGUUAUUAGGUUUCUUUCUCAGUCGUAGCACUCACAAGAGGAAAUACGAUGUUAUGAUUCCUUAUAAUUUGCACUCGUUGCUUGCCGAAAGAUUAAUGUUGAACGAAGAGACGCUCUCUUUACCAACGUACAACGUUUUAUACGAGAUCUUGACAGACAAUAUUAGUCAACAAAUAUUGUAUACGAGGCAUCCCGAACCAGAAUCACAUCAUCGAAUAGAGAGUGCAAAUAUUCUCAAAGUAGUGGCAACAUUAAUUCGUCAAUCGAAGCGAACUGAGCAACUGCUUGAUGUAAAGAAAUUGUUUCUCUCUGACAUGACGUUACUUUGCAACAACAAUCGUGAGAACAGACGAACCGUCUUACAAAUGUCAGUGUGGCAAGAGUGGUUGAUUGCAAUGGCUUAUAUUCAUCCUAAAAAUACAGAAGAGCAGAAAAUAUCAGACAUGGUUUACUCCUUGUUUCGAAUGUUGCUUCAUCACGCCAUCAAGUAUGAAUACGGUGGAUGGCGAGUAUGGGUCGAUACUCUGGCCAUUGUUCAUUCUAAAGUUUCUUACGAAGAAUUCAAACUCCAGUUUGCUCAAAUGUAUGAACAUUACGAGAGACAGCGCUGUGACAAUAUAACUGAUCCUGAAUUAAGACAACAGAGGCCAAUUAGCACAAUUUCAGGAUGGGACCAACACCACCCAGUGACGAAUGGUUACACAAAACCGACAACGUGGGUUAAUCAACAACAGUUGGAAAUACAGCAUGUAAAUGAAUUCGAUCCGCCUGAAAAUAACGACCGAUUAGAGGAAUCGUGCAGUUGUGAUUUAAAUUCGAUUGACAACACUGAAAGCGAUGGAAGUCCUGCACUCGUCAAAUCACGUAGUGAAACAGUUGACACUCAACAAUCUAGCGACGUUGUUUCCCUUGAUUCUAGACUUAGCGAUAAACCUGAAACACCGACAACGGCUCGAGAGAAUCACGUCGAACCUCUGACAAUUUUGGAGAACCAAAGUGGUCAGGUUUCGCCAGUGACAACAACUCAAGAAGCCAGCGAAACUUUUUUAACUGAGAGCUCGAAUGAGUUUUCCAGUGAAAAGGUUGAAAGCUCAAGUCCAGACUCGAUGAUUCAUGAAACUUUAACAAAGGACAAAGAAACAAUCAGUCACAUUCAAGAAUUGGAUGUAUCCUUUACGACAAAAGACACGGAAGACACAACUUCCGUUUCUCCUUUUGAAGAUGCCGAAGACAUCGAGGACAAGAAGGAAGAGGAGAAAACUGAAAUAAAAGAAGAACAAAGUACAGAAGAAAAAAAGGUGGAGGAAGAUGAAGGAAGUAUAUUAGAAACAGAAGGAACUACUGAAGAGAAGGAAACAGAAAAAGAGAAAAUGUUCGAAAACGAGAAAGAAAAACAGGAAAUUUCAGACAGAAAUGAAGAAAAAGAAAAUGUGGAGCAACUUGAAAAGUCACCAUCAAAGGAAUUAAAUGAAGAACCGAAUGCGGCGAAUGAAGAAAACGAAGUAGUCAGUGAAGAAUUCAAAUCCGCGUCAGAGUCUCAAGAAGAUUCCGAGUUGACAGCAGAGGAAUGUAGAAAAGUAUCUAUUGUCGAGGAAACAACUGACGACAGCGAACUAGAGAAGGAAGUUUCCAUUUCAAACAAUACAGUAUCUGAAACGAACCAUGCGAAAGAAGAGAUUGAACAGAAUGAAGAAGACAAAGACAAAGACAAAGAGUGUUUGGAAAUAAGUCUUAAUUGCUCAACUAGCGUAGUGCAAAACGCCGAAAACUCUCAAGUAGGGAUUAAAGAAUCGGAAAUAUUAGAAGAUAGUACGUUAAUUAGGGAUGAGGGUGAAAGUGAUGUUAUAGAUAGUAGCAAGAAAGAGGAUCAUCCCGAGGAAGAGUCGAAUCAAGGUGAAUCUAGCGAGCCGUCCAAUAUUUCUACUAGCUUAAGUGAUAAUGCGGACCUUCCAGUGAGGACUAACGACGAGGAAGUAACGGAUAGUGUUUGUAAAAAUAGCGAUGUUCAAACUUGUGUAGAUAAUGUGAUGCAAGUGCCAAACUCGACGCAGCAAAUUCCAACAAUGCCUACAGUCUGUGAUGAUGUAAUUACAAGUUUACAAGACGGUGUGCCUGAAAACGAUAGUUCUAAUGUGAUUGCAAAAGACAAUCCGUUACCAAAUGGCUCAAGUUCACCAAACGAGGAAUACGUCAAACGAAAAAUGAGUUUAUCAAAUAUACAAAUCUCCGAGGAAAAUGUAGAUUCUGCUUCUAGUGAACACUCCGCCCUGUCGGCGUCCAACAAACCAUACACCUCGCCACAGAAACGACCAAGGAGUGCCUCGACUUCCACGCAAGUCGAUCCAAAUCAAUUUGAUUCAAAUAGAGCAGUUUCAGCAGCCGCAGCGGCAGCUACUACCGCACGGCAAGCAACUAAUCCUUCCACGAGGCCAAUGUUCAGUCCAGGGCCAACGCGACCGCCGUUCAGGAUACCAGAAUUCAAGUGGUCUUAUAUUCAUCAAAGACUACUGUCGGAUGUUUUAUUUUCUCUCGAAACUGAUAUUCAAGUUUGGAGAAGUCAUUCGACGAAAUCAGUCCUUGACUUUGUCAAUAGUAGCGACAAUGCGAUAUUUGUGGUGAAUACGGUACACCUCAUAUCUCAACUUUCUGACAAUCUUAUUAUGGCCUGUGGUGGAUUACUGCCUCUUUUAGCUUCUGCAACUUCACCAAAUAGCGAAUUGGACGUGAUUGAGCCAACUCAGGGUAUGCCAAUCGAAGUAGCAGUCUCAUUUCUUCAAAGGCUAGUCAAUAUGGCUGAUGUACUUAUUUUUGCAAGUUCGUUGAACUUUGCUGAUCUGGAGGCUGACAAAAAUAUGUCCAGUGGUGGAAUUUUAAGACAGUGUUUACGUCUGGUCUGUACAUGUGCCGUUAGAAACUGCUUAGAGUGUAAAGAACGUGGCAGAACGUACAGCAUGUUAGGUCGUCAGAUUGGUUCUAGUAAUAAAUCACAGCACAUACAAUCACUUAUUCGAGGAAUUCAAAUGUCACCCAAGAAUAUCGUGGAUAAUUUAGCGAGUCAAUUAAGUCCUGUCAAAGAUCCAGAGAAACUGCUUCAGGAUAUGGACGUAAAUCGAUUGAGGGCAGUAGUUUACAGAGAUGUUGAAGAAACCAAGCAGGCACAGUUUCUGUCUCUGUCUAUAGUUUACUUCAUCUCUGUACUAAUGGUUUCAAAGUAUAGAGAUAUUUUGGAACCACCAGUAACUCCGCGUCCACCCAGUCCUGUAAAAAUGAUUCAAACAAAUGGGACAAAUCUUCGACCUGGAAGUCCGACAGCGGAUGGAAAUGGUGGUGGAGACGGGCGGCCUCUAUUUCCACAAUGGUCUCACCACGUACACCCUCAGUUCCUUCCGGGGUCACACCCCAACGCCAAUGUCAAUGCCAAUGCCAACCACCACAUCAGCCAGCACCACCACCAGCACCCGCUACCAGCUGCCAGGCACCCUAACAAUCGCCAACUUUCCAACUAUUGUCUCUCGAACCACCAUAAUAACCAUCACAAUCAUUAUCCAAAUAACUUUAACUAUCAUCGGUAUCACUAUCAUCAUCACAAUAACAACAAUCACCAUCACGCGCUUCAAAAUCAUAUCGAUCAGCCCCGAAAUGUCUAUCAUAAUAAUUCUGGUGUUGGUCUGCAAGGAAGUGGUCGAGUGAGCCAUUCGGGAUCACAAGACGAUGGCGAAUAUGAAGUUAUAGUCGUCGAUGAAAAUAAUUCCUCUAUUUUGGCGGAUCACGAUGUUCCUUCCUCUGGUCCGCCCUCGACAAAGGCUGGUCCUAGGCCCCGGAAUAUUCGCGAAGAUUACACCUCGACAGAAACCUCUCUCGGCACUUCUGCGGGACCCGAACUUCUUCCCCGAAAUCCACAGAGCAACGAUUCGAGUGAAGAAAACGGACAGCGAAGUAACAUCACUGGUGAUCCUAGUCUAUCAGAAGUGACAACUGAUAACGAAAACAAGCAAAAUUCAUCAGAAGAAGCUUGGACUGAUGUCAACUUAAACGAGGAGGGAGAUACAGUACCAAUAACAAAUCAAAGAAAUGGAACUAGAAACGUUAAUAAUAUCACACGUUCUCAUGGUGAACUUCCUGAUAGCGAGGGAGAGGUGAUCGACAGAGAAACGUUUUCAAAUGCAGAGCGAGGGGAAAAACCAGUAACAGAAAUAUCAGUUGUUCGAGUUCCUGACCAUUUGAUGGUGACGCCAUCAGCACCAAGAUCUGAUGAUUUACCAAUUAAAGGUCUUGUUGAUCACAUUCCAGUCCCAACACCAACGCGAGAAGCCUCACUAACUCAACAAUUGGAAACAGCUUUGGGAUCUGUGUGUCCGCUGCUUCGCGAAAUAAUGGUUGAUUUUGCACCUUUUCUUUCAAAAACGCUCAUUGGGUCACAUGGACAAGAUUUACUUAUGGAAGGAAAAGGAUUAACGACAUUUAAAAAUAGCAAUUCAGUUGUGGAGCUUGUGAUGUUGUUAUGCUCUCAGGAAUGGCAAAAUUCAUUACAGAAAAAUGCAGGCCUCGCAUUCAUUGAACUUAUAAAUGAAGGAAGACUUCUGUCAUGUGCAAUGAAGGAGCAUAUAGUUCGAGUUUCUAAUGAAGCAGAAUUUAUUUUGAAUAGAAUGCGAGCUGAAGAUGUUUUGAGGCAUGCCGAAUUCGAGUCUCAUUGCGCUCAAACCCUAUUGGAUCGGCGCGAGGAAGAGAGAAAAUGUGAUCAUUUGAUAACAGCAUCCCGAAGAAGAGAUAAUGUAAUGGCUAGUCGUAUUUUGGAAAAAGUUCGCAAUAUUCUUACAAAUAAACAUGGUGCUUGGGGUUAUAUGGAUCCAAUGGCUGCCAAAUUGACAGAAUAUUGGAAAUUGGAUACCUGGGAGGACGACACUCGUCGUCGGAGACGUUUCGUGCACAAUCCUCUGGGCUCUAGUCAUCCCGAAGCAACGCUGAAAGCUGCCUUGGAACAUGGAGCACCGGAAGACGCUAUUCUCCAAGCACGCGAAGAGUUUCAUGCUCACUUAGCUGCUUCGCGUGCAUAUCAACAACAGCUACAAUCUCCAGAUCUUUUGGACGAUAAUGAACUUCUAGUUGACGACAGGGACUUGGAUAAUGAUCUCACUGGUCCUGUAAAUAUUACUGCAAAGGCUAAGUUGAUAGCGCCAGGAAUUGUAGCACCAGGUGUCAUGUCAAUAACAUCAACCGAACUGUACUUUGAAGUGGACGAGGACGACGUCGAGUAUAUGAAAAUGGAUAGUGAGAUACUAAAGUACUGUGAUCAUUUGCAUGGAAAAUGGUACUUCUCGGAAAUUCGAGCCAUCUUUACACGAUCUUACCUAUUGCAAAACGUUGGAAUUGAGAUUUUCCUUUCCAGCAGAUCCUCCAUCUUCUUCGCCCUCCCGGAUCAAGCGACAGUAAAAAAGGUGAUCAAGGCGCUGCCGCGAACCGGUGUGGGUGUCAAGUACGGGAUUCCGCAGACUAGAAGAGCUUCUUUAAUGACACCACGUCAAAUGUUCAGAAUGUCAAAUAUGACGGCAAGGUGGCAACGGCGUGAAGUCUCCAACUUUGAAUACCUUAUGUUUCUCAAUACUUUGGCAGGGAGAACUUACAAUGAUCUCAACCAGUAUCCAGUAUUCCCUUGGAUUCUUUCAAAUUAUGAAACAAAAGAACUUGAUCUUACAUUGCCAAGCAAUUAUCGAGACUUAUCCAAGCCGAUUGGUGCUCUAAAUCCCAGUAGAAAAGCUUAUUUUGAAGAGCGAUUUCAAACUUGGGAACAUGAAAGCAUACCACCUUUUCAUUAUGGAACUCACUACUCCACUGCAGCCUUCGUUCUCAACUGGCUCAUCCGAGUGGAACCGAUGACCACCUUCUUUUUAGCUCUUCAAGGAGGAAAAUUCGAUCAUCCUAAUAGACUGUUUUCUUCUAUCGCUUUAUCAUGGAAAAAUUGUCAACGAGAUACGUCUGACGUCAAGGAACUGAUUCCGGAAUUUUUCUUUCUUCCGGAAAUAUUUGUCAAUAGCAAUCGUUAUCGCUUAGGUGUUCAAGAAGACGGUAGUUCUGUUGGAGAUGUCCAAUUACCACCUUGGGCAACGUCUCCAGAGGAAUUCGUUCGUAUAAAUCGAAUGGCACUUGAAUCCGAAUUUGUUUCUUCUCAACUUCAUCAGUGGAUAGAUUUAAUUUUUGGAUACAAGCAGAGAGGACCAGAAGCUGUAAGAGCGACAAAUGUUUUCUACUACUUGACCUAUGAAGGAAGUGUUGACUUGGAAACAAUUUCAGAUGCCGUAAUGAAAGAAGCUAUAGAAAAUCAAAUUCGAAAUUUCGGACAAACACCGUCCCAGCUUCUCUUGGAACCUCAUCCACCUAGAAAUUCGGCAAUGCAUGCAGUAAGUCUCAAUGGGCCUUUAACAAGUUCCAAGUCUUCUCCAAAUACUGUGCGCUUGAAAAGUACUACUCCGAUGAUGUUCAACAGCAUCCCAGAUGAUGUUUGCAUGACUGCCAAGUUUCCUUCAAAUUCUCCAAUUUGUCAUAUUUCAGCAAAUACACUUCCACAAGUACCUAAUCCGUGCAUUGUAACAAUAACAACUGGUCAUCAAUUUGCCCUCAAUAGGUGGAAUUUAAAUUAUACCGCUUCCGUGCAAUCUCCAAGCUAUGCUGACAAUCCUCAAGUUCAAGUUGUCCAUCAACCAUUUCAAAUGGAUCCAAUGUUGUCACAAGCUACAAACAGUUCAAACGUGGCUCUGCGACGACAUCUAGGUGAUAAUUUUAGCCAAAAAGUGAAAAUCAGAAGUAAUUGCUUCAUAACGACCAUCGACAGUCGAUUCAUAGUAGCAUGUGGAUUUUGGGACAACAGUUUUCGUGUUUUCUCGACUGAAACAGCUAAAAUUGUUCAGAUAAUUUUUGGCCACUAUGGAGUGGUAACAUGCUUAACACGAAGUGACUUAAACGCGAUGACAGAUUGCUACAUUGCUUCUGGAAGCGCUGAUUGUACAGUUCUUCUUUGGCACUGGAAUGCAAGAACACAAACUAUUGUUGGAGAAGGAGAGACCCCUGCACCACGAGCUACACUCACUGGCCACGAGCAACCUGUAACAGCAGUUGCCAUCUCUGUGGAGCUUGGGCUUGUGGUUUCCGGCUCUCACUAUGGUCCAGUGUUAGUUCACACAACUUUUGGUGACCUUCUAAGAUCUCUAGAAGCUCCAAAUGGCUUUUCUUCUCCAGAAAAUUUGGCAAUAAGUAGAGAAGGCUUAGUUGUCAUUAACUAUGAACGAGGACAUAUUGCAGCCUUUACCAUAAAUGGAAAACGUCUACGAUAUGAAUCACACAAUGAUAACCUACAAUGCUUAAUUAUGAGUAGAGAUGGAGAAUACAUGAUGACUGCCGGCGAUAAAGGAAUCGUUGAAGUAUGGCGAACUUUCAAUCUUGCUCUACUUUAUGCCUUUCCAUCAUGUGAGAGUAGUGUGAGAUCUUUGGCGCUUUCUUAUGAUCAAAGAUUUCUCUUGGCAGGAUUAGCGAAUGGAUCUAUCGUAAUAUUCCACAUCGAUUUCAACAGAUGGCAUCAUGAGUAUCAGGAUCGCUACUGAAAUUAUCAUUUUCUUUGGAAAUAAAUGAAAAGAAGUUGUUGCAGUUGCAUUAAUAACAAGACAAAAAUUCCUCCAAUUGAGUAAAUAAGUUCAGAUCUCUGCUGGAAGAGACAAUUUUCUCUUAAUGUACUUAAUGAGAAAAAUUGCUUUAUUUGUCCUUGUUUUCUCCCAUUUAUAUUAAACAUCGAUAAAGACGUAUACGGAAGAGUUGAAGAAGAAAAUAUUUAAAAGACGCUUUGAGGUGACGUGUAGAGAAAUAAAUACAAGACUAGUCAAUUAUGGAGACUUGAUUUCAUGACGAGUGUUUGCAAAUUUUUCGUGCAUACACGCGCGCAGACAUUCACAAUCGUGAAAAAUUGCGGCCCAAGUUACUGAUUGAGUCGCUGUAAAAUGAUGCCAAACUGUGCUUAACUUAUUUUUAUGUAGGUAAUCGAGUGCGUUGGUUUGGACGAUCACUGCUUAAUGCAUUCCAUGUAAAUACGAUCUUCGUUCGUAUUCUGUACAUUGUAAUCAUAAUGCCUUUGAAGUAUAUUUGCACUGUUCCGCGCCAAUGCAAUAUUAUUGCCGCUCAUAGAAAGGUUUCAGCUGUUAGAGAAGCCUGAAGGGUAUGUUGUAAUGAACCAAUCAACACUUUGCAUUAAAGAAAAGAAAAAAAAUCAGAUUAGCACUUCCAAUUUCACACACAUACACACACAAACAAGAUUCGCGUCCUUUAAAGAGAUCCUAAUUUUAUCAAAGCCGUCCAGCUUAACUUUGUGAGGAUAUUUCUUAGUAUUUUCGCAUGCGAGACUUAUAAUAAUAAUAAUAUUAAUAUUAAUAUUAAUAACGAAAAAUUUACUUAUAAAGCGAUGAAUUAGUAGAAACUCGACAUCUCGUCAAAUGUUGAUUAAGAGAGUAAGCAACGUGUUACAGGAUAACAAAAUAAAUGAAAGAGUAAUAUUAAAAUUUUUCUCUACUUUAUUUUUUUCACUACUUUUGGAUAUGUGGAAUAAAGUUCGUUGAAAGAGAAAAAAAUAUAAGAUAACCAGACAAUUUAAGUUCCCGCAUGAUUUCAAUUUAAUUUUUAAUAAUUAUUGACUACCUAUAGUAUGUAGUGUGGAAGUUAUUUUAAAACACCUUUCGAGAAUGAUAUUGAAAACUAUUUUAACUUGUCGUCAUUUUAUAAUAUACGUGACAUUAGUGGCAUUUUGUUAAAACUUUAUUUGUCCUCGUUACAUAUGUAUUUCAAUAAUACUGUCGAGCAUCUUGCGCGUAUCACUUUUGAUCGACAUAUGUAGGCACGGCUUGCAAGUAUUAUGUUAUAAAUUAUACAAAAUAUUUUACAUCGACUUUAGAUAAAAAUUGCACCUUGUCUGCUGGCUGUAAUAAAUAUAAAUAAUAUCUAUUCUGCUCAACACUAUUAGAAACUGUUCUUUUAGAUAGCGCACAUAAUUAGAAAUUUACAUGCAAUAUAAUUAAAAAUAAAAAUUCGCAUACCAUUAGUUUAUGUAAAAAUAUUUUUUAGUUGCGUUACAGAAGUGAAUAAAUCAAAUUUCGUUUCAUCCCAUACUAUUAUUACUUAAAAGAACAGUCACUAUUAGUGAGAGUGUAGAGGAAAAAAUACUUACCGUAAUAGAGCUGAUAUAGAUGAAUAAAUUAGUAAUGCUUUUACAAAAUAAUAGCUUCCACAUUUGCGAAAUAUAAGUGAAAUGUAGGAAGAAAAAAGGAAAAGAAAAAAUGAUAAGUAAUAUAAUUAUAAAUUAAGUAAAUGAAUAAUUUUGCAAUUUCAAUUUUAAAAUUAUAGUUUUCCAAAAAAAAAUUCAAUUCUUGCAUUUGAGAGACAUACAUUAACCGCAAUGAAAUAUAAAAUAUUGAAGAACAAGUUUCAUUAAUAGUUUUUGCGAUUGUAAUAUUUAUUUAAGGAAAAAAACUCAAAAAAGAAAAUUAGAUAUGCGUACGCAAUAUUAUGUGUAAAAAUUGCGAGUUAAAUCGUAAUAAAAAAAAUGCGUUCAGUGAGUGAGAGAGAGAGAGAGAAAAAAGGAAUAAAACUUUUUAUAUUUGUUCAUAGAUGUGCGAAGCAAGUAUGUUGCAAUUAUUCGAAACAAGCCAAUUCCCUCCAUAUUGCUAUGUAAAAGAAAUUAUUUCAAAUCAAUUUCUGUCCAAAAAUUAUAUAAUUAUCAACUUCUGUCUGAGAAUAAUAAUGCUACUAUUUUAAAUAGCUAAUAUGUAUACAUACAUAUGUAUAUAUUUAUAUAAAUAAAAAACAUGUAUCUUUGCAUAUAUUAUAUGUCAUAUAUAUAUUGUUGCUAAUAAUAUACGUACAUAGAUGCAAAGAUGCAUAUUCGAAAAAUUAUUGUACUAACGUGCGAAAUAUAGAUUUGUAUAUUCGACAAAGUACGCGUAUUUAAUAUUUAUGUGUCAAGAGCCAUCAUUUUGAUCGCCGGUUCUGUAAUUGUACUUGUAAAUGCGACAUAAUGUGUAUGUAAAGGUUUGAGAGGUUCACGAAUUCCCUCGUUGACCAAGUAGCGUCAUUAAUGUUUAUAUUUAUAACAAUGAUAUCAUUGUUAGGGUGAACGCAACUUAAUUAUUAAUAGCUAGUAAUAUCAUUUUUCUUGUAUUAUUUUUAAAAUCUUUGAUGCAUUUCUAGAAAGAGAGCGAGAGAGAGAGAGAGAGAGAGAGAGAGAGAGAGAGAGAGAGAGAGAGAGAGAGAAACUUGUUGAAAGUGCAAUAUACAUUUAUAAAGCACUAGUACAUUAAUUAGGUCAUUUUGUAAAGCUCAAUAUGAGGCGAGUCGAUUUUUGAAACUUUAAUUUUCAUUUUUCAAGAAUUACUAAUUGUGAGGAAAUAUUGACAAAAAUAAUAAUUCGAGCAUUAUCAUUGCCAUGCAUAUGCAUACACCUCAUUUGCGCCACUUAAUGGAUACAUAGAGACAAAGUACAUAAGUCAUUGCUAAUUAAUCAAGCUCUAAUGCUUAUUUUAUACUUAGGAUUAUUAUAACGUUUUAACAUUAUUGUAUUCUAGACUAACUAGUAAUAAUCUGUAAAGAUUACGUAAUAAAAUAAUAAUAAAAUAAUAAUAAAAAUAA